CCCGGGCGCGGGCAGGGCAGCACUCCGACCGCGGCGGGAGCGGCGCGAGCCGGGCGGCCGCGUCGUCACUCCGGCAAGAGAGGCGGCGGCGGCGGCAGCCGGGGCCGGGGCUGGGGCAGCGGCGGCCGCGCCGGGCAUGGAGCUGGCAAGCCCGCGCUGAGGCAGGACGCGCCUGCUAGCAGCCAGCGAGAGGCUCUCCGCCGUCCGGCGCGCGGGCUCCCCGGCCAGAGCCAGGCAAACUUUUCUUUCUCUUUUACCCUCACUAGAGGCGCCUUCUGCGGCGGGCGGACUGACUCCGCAGCGGGGCCGGGGCAAGCUGGACGCAGCAUGAUGCGCCCAGUGUGGGAGGCGCUGGCUGCGCUGGCGGCGGUGGCGUGCCUGGUGGGCGCGGUGCGCGGCGGGCCCGGGCUCAGCAUGUUCGCUGGCCAAGCGGCGCAGCCCGACCCCUGCUCGGACGAGAACGGCCACCCGCGCCGCUGCAUCCCGGACUUUGUCAAUGCGGCCUUCGGCAAGGAUGUGCGCGUGUCCAGCACCUGCGGCCGGCCCCCGGCGCGCUACUGCGUAGUGAGCGAGCGCGGCGAGGAGCGGCUGCGCUCGUGCCACCUCUGCAACGCGUCCGACCCGAAGAAGGCGCAUCCUCCAGCCUUCCUCACCGACCUCAACAACCCGCACAACCUGACGUGCUGGCAGUCGGAGAACUACCUGCAGUUCCCGCACAAUGUCACGCUCACGCUGUCCCUCGGCAAAAAGUUCGAGGUGACCUACGUGAGUCUGCAGUUCUGCUCGCCUCGGCCAGAGUCCAUGGCCAUCUACAAGUCCAUGGACUACGGGCGUACGUGGGUGCCCUUCCAGUUCUACUCCACGCAGUGCCGCAAGAUGUACAACCGGCCGCACCGCGCGCCCAUCACCAAGCAGAAUGAGCAGGAGGCUGUGUGCACCGACUCGCACACCGACAUGCGCCCGCUUUCGGGCGGCCUCAUCGCCUUCAGCACGCUGGACGGGCGGCCCUCUGCGCACGACUUCGACAACUCGCCGGUGUUGCAGGACUGGGUCACGGCCACCGAUAUCCGCGUGGCCUUCAGCCGCCUGCACACAUUUGGCGACGAGAACGAGGACGACUCGGAGCUGGCGCGCGACUCGUACUUCUAUGCUGUGUCGGACCUGCAGGUGGGUGGCCGCUGCAAGUGCAACGGCCACGCGGCUCGUUGCGUGCGCGACCGCGACGACAGCCUGGUGUGCGACUGCAGGCACAACACGGCCGGCCCGGAAUGCGACCGCUGCAAACCUUUCCACUAUGAUCGGCCCUGGCAACGCGCCACAGCCCGCGAAGCCAACGAGUGCGUGGCCUGUAACUGCAACCUGCAUGCCCGGCGUUGCCGCUUCAACAUGGAGCUCUACAAGCUGUCUGGACGAAAGAGUGGGGGCGUCUGCCUGAACUGUCGUCACAACACCGCUGGCCGCCAUUGCCACUACUGCAAAGAGGGCUACUACCGUGACAUGGGCAAGCCCAUCACCCACCGGAAGGCCUGCAAAGCUUGUGAUUGCCACCCCGUGGGCGCCGCUGGCAAGACCUGCAACCAAACCACUGGCCAGUGUCCCUGCAAGGAUGGUGUGACGGGCAUCACCUGCAACCGCUGUGCCAAGGGCUACCAGCAGAGCCGCUCUCCCAUCGCGCCCUGCAUCAAGAUUCCCGUAGCGCCRCCAACCACCGCAGCCAGCAGUGUGGAGGAGCCUGAAGACUGCGAUUCCUACUGUAAGGCCUCCAAAGGGAAGCUGAAGAUUAACAUGAAAAAGUACUGCAAGAAAGACUAUGCUGUCCAGAUCCACAUUCUGAAGGCAGACAAGGCAGGGGACUGGUGGAAGUUCACGGUGAACAUCAUCUCCGUGUACAAGCAAGGCACCAGCCGCAUCCGCCGUGGUGACCAGAGCCUGUGGAUCCGCUCGCGUGACAUCGCCUGCAAGUGCCCCAAAAUCAAGCCCCUCAAGAAGUACCUACUGCUGGGCAACGCMGAGGACUCACCCGAUCAGAGUGGCAUCGUUGCUGACAAGAGUAGCCUGGUGAUCCAGUGGCGGGACACGUGGGCGCGGCGGCUGCGCAAGUUCCAGCAGCGUGAAAAGAAGGGCAAGUGCAAGAAGGCCUAACGCACAUGCAGCAGCGCGCUGGGCUCGGGACUGCGGGCCCGGCUGGGCAUGAGCUGAGCACAUGCAGCUGAUGGCUGCCAUGGUGGACUUGGCCCAUGAGGGCUUUCCUGGGAGGGGGGAGGGUGGGGGCGGGGCUACAGCGGGGGCAGGGCCCUCAGUGGCCCCUCCCCCAGCCCCACUCUGUGCACCCCUAGCGGGAGCCAAGUGCAUGCACACUCAGGGCAGGGUGCGCAGCAGGCCAGGCCCUGGAGAAAUGAGGACCAGACGUAGCUACCUCACGGGGCUCCUUCCAGAGCAGAAAUGCGCUUCCUUAGGGCUAGGUGGGGUCACCGUGGAGGGGCUGGGAGCUGACCCUGCCGUGGGGCCUGAGGGACGGCACUGAAUGGCACCGGUGSGGCCGAAGAGUUUGGCGUUGUUGGUAACGCAGAAGGGGGCGUGAGGAGAACUGUGAAAUUGCAGGCCAGCAGCCUGGGCAGGGGCUCUGAGCAAGCCCAACCCAACCACCAAAAGAUAAAACCUCCUCCUUCCUCUCCUAGCUAUGACAUCCUGGGCCCCAUCGGAAAGGCAGGGGUGGCACUGGGGGGGUGGGGGGAGAGAAGGCCCCUGUGGGUGCCUGCCUGGAGUGGCCUAGGGUUCUGGCCCAUCCUGAGGGCAGUGGGCCCAAGGACACCCUUGAGAAGCCCAAGCCGGGUGGUCACUGCCUCAUGCUGGAGCUGCCUGGGGGAGGAGGCAGGACGAAGGCAAAACCUCCCAGAGAGUUUCCUUUUUGGAAACUUGGAACCAGCCCCUUUUAUGACAUUUUCCAGGGGAGGGGGAAGGAGCACUGGCUGAGUUUACAGCAAUGACACUAUUUGUGUAAUGACAUCAGCUCCCAUAAGGCCCCUCAGCAGUGUCAACAGCUGGAGAGGGCCUGCACGGGCAUGCCGGCUGCAAGGCAGUUGGGCUGGGCUUGCUUGAGUCAGGACAUGGUUCACUGGCUCAUCCAAAGUGCCCCGGUCCUAGGCACCAGGGCCAGGAAUGGCCAUGUUCCUGGGCGCCCAUGACCACUUCCUGCUCUGCCCUUGCUGUUGGCUCCUAAGGCAGGAGAAGUGGCUACCCCAGAUGGCUCUGGGGCUGCCCUCACGGCUGUCUUCCUCUAACCCGGGCAGCACUUCACCCACUUUUUUCUAGCCGUCCUCAUUUUGAAGACCCCCUGUGCCUUCCACUGGGCCCAGCCCUCCUUCCCAAAGCCUCCUAGAGACUGUCCUCAAGCAGGCAGCCCCAGACUUUUUGGUCUGGCUGCCUCGCAGGACCUGUUCCUAUGCUCUGGUGCCUCUCGGCUCCUGCCUUCCUGAGCUCUCUGCACUGCCCUGGGGCUUCUGGCCCCAUCUUCACACUGGGCAGCUGACUGAGUGGCCUGGCUCCCCUCUCAGUCAGGAAAUUGGUUUUAUUUUCCCUGCCAGAGGUUGGCUGCUUACAGGGCCAUACCAAGGAUGAAGCUCGCUUCCCUUCCCUUCCUCUACUUCUGCCCGCGUCACCACUGCCAUUUACUGAGCACCUGCUGCGUGCCAGGCACUUUACCUUCAUGUCCCCAGCCUGUCCUCAUGACAACCCUCUGGAACAGGGUCGCUUGCCCCCAUUUUCACCAACAGGGAAACUGGCAUGUGUGUGGCAGCACUGAGACUCAGAUCCCAGAACCAGGCCUUCUGACCGUGGGCUGUGCUACCCCUGGAACUUACCCAACAAUCCCCGAAGCAGGCUGUGAGGGGUGCCCAAGGCUGAGUUGCCACGGCGACCCUAGAAGCUGCCUCUUGAGGACCUUGAAUCUAGCCUGCAGAGUAAGCACUGGGGGUGGGACGGGGGGGAGUACACUGACGUCUUCAGGAGUGGUGGGUGCAGCAGGAACCAAGGAGAGCCUACGGAAGUCUUUAGCGCUCCUGAGGUUCUAGAAAGGUGAUUUUCCUGCUUCAAGUGCAGGAUUCCAGGGGCAACUGGCAGAGGCACCUCAAGGUCAGUGAGAAGAUAGAUCUGCCCUGGGAAAGGGUGUUUGGCUUCCCUGAAUCUUAACUCGGUGGUUGAGGGUCAAGGACUGGAUCUCUCCAGGCACUAAGGUCCAGUCUGGGCGGCUGAUGAGGGCAGUUGUUUAUCUCACCAGCAUAGCUCCACCGCAUCUUACCCUGGGUCAGGGGCUUGCACUGGUGGUCCUAGGCCUCCUCAGCAACGGAACCAGGGGCCUACCAAAUAACAAGGCAGCUUGCUGAAAAUCCAACCACUGUCACCCUCCAGCUCAGCCACCCCCGGGCCUAGACCAUCCACGCAGUGGCCUAGCCCUUGGAGACGAUGUCAGGGUAGCCAGAUCAGGAACAAGGACACUGUUGGGAUUGCAUCAUUUUUCACAGGCUGCCCCCCCCCCCAUUUUCCUUAUGGACUCGGCCAGAACUCAGUCCAUUCCUACUCUACUCUGACCUCCACAGAGGAGACCCAGCUUCAGGCCAGCAUCCCUUUUCCACCUCUGUCCCCAUCCCAGGGAAGAGAGGGAAAUAGGAAUCGAGGUGUUCCAGUUUGUAUAGUUAGGAAGGGAUGUAAAACGGACCUAGAUGUGAAGAGUGUAUUAACCAGAAUUGUGAUAUGUAGGUGUUGGAAGAAAAACACCAGAUUAGUCCUUAUUUUGUUCUUAAAACAGCUUCCCCAGUUGUCCUUUUUCUUACCAGGUGGGUGGUUUGGUACGCAAGAGCUGCCUAUUUUACUCACACCGUGGAAGGCCGAAGGCAAUGGCGCUGUCCCUCCCUGUGGCCUCUAUCCACAGCUUCUGUCCUUGGAAAGCAGACCAAGAGGCAACAACCUUAGGUUUCUUUGAGUAGGAGGGAUAGACAGCUGGAGUGAAAGCCCAGGGCCUGUGCCUCAGUGGUAGCAUGCAGGCCACGGGUACAGACUUUCUUGGAAUUGCCCAGGUUCAAUGAGACUGAAGUCAAGAAGAGACCCUUAGGGACUAGGAAAUGGUUCUUUUAGGGUCCCAACACUUAAAGGAUACCCCCCUCCCCACAAACUCCCAGAGCCAAGAGCAUGGACAGACUCAUGGAUGGGCCACUGGAUCACGGUUUGUGGACACACACUCCCGUGGGCCAUAGCCAUGCCAUACCUUAGGGGUAUCAAAAUUGACCUUGCCCCAAAUAAGCCAGCCCUACUCCUUGUGUCAUUGGAAAUCCUUCCCUGCUCCCAAAUGCACUUCCCAUUCUCCCUCCUGUGUUGGAGAUUUCUGUUCACUCAGAAUUGUAAAUGUUUAGUUGUGACCAUGACAUAUUGUUUGGGUCAGUGUUCCUUUCCAAUGCAUACUAAUAUAUUAUGGUUAUUAUAUAUGAAUAUAUUUAAUGACAUGGAAAGAGUUGUGGAUUUUUUUAAAGCUUUUUUUUUUUUUUUUUGGUUGUUAGAGCUGUAAUGGACCCAGAUGGAACUUGUAACGUGGGCCCCACAUGAUAGAACUAAAUUCAGAUAUCAUUAAAUAAACUCUUGUAUA